AUGUCCGCUGCGGGCUCCCGUAGAGAGCUGUGCUGUGUUGACAUCUCCUUCACUGGAAGAUCUGGACCAAACAGCGUCAAACUAAACCUCGUAACGCUCUUUCACCGGUCGUGAGCAGCUCACCUGUGGGGGAAGCAGCAGGUGUCAUGACGGUCCGUGUGUGUCUGGUUCUCCAGAGAGCUCGUUAGCGGCAGCUAGCAGCGCUAGCGGGCUAGCCGCGUCGACAUGGAGGGGAUCCUGCACAAGUGGACUAACUACAUGACCGGCUGGCAGCCGCGCUGGUUUGUCCUGGAGAACGGAGUCAUCUCAUAUUACGACAGCGAGGAUGAUGUCAUCAAAGGCAGCAAAGGAUCCAUCAAGAUGUCGGUGUGUGACAUUAAAGUUCAUCCGACGGAUUCCACGCGUCUGGAGUUGAUCAUCCCGGGCGAGCAGCAUUUCUACGUGCGAGCCGUGAACGCUGCAGAGCGGCAGAGGUGGCUGGUGGCGUUGGGAUCGUCUAAAGCUGGAACGCUGGACAGCCACAAGCACAAAGGUCCGGACUGUCUGAAGACAAAGAUGUCUGAGUUGCGUCUGUACUGUGACCUCCUCGUGCAGCAGGUUCAAACCAUCCAAUCACAGCACACCGCCAACACGGAGACCACGCCCACUUCUGAGGCGUCGCUGCUCAGCGCCACCUGUACAACUUUCAUCAGGACUCUGGAGGAGUGCAUGAGUUUAGCCAACCAGAGUUUGACUCCUGACCUGAGACCUCCAGAAAGGAUGAAGAGGUCCAUCAGUCACCCUGGAACGUACAGCUUUGACAGGUCUGGUGUCCUGAAGGAGUACGUGAGCGGAGGCCAAAGAUCAGCUCAGCGCAGACACCGAACCUGCUCCGACAGCUCCCUCUACGAUACUGAACGUCUGCUGCCCAGUCUCAACGGAGAACCGUCCUCCAUCCCCGAGGAGAGGACAGACAGCACGAGUCCAAAGACGACGCCCACGGACACAGACACCGACCUGUCCAUCUGAACGUGCCCCCGGCGGCGCUCGCCGAGCCCGGCCCGGGAGCAGCCGGCCCACGCUCGGCCUCCACCAGGGACGUCCCUCAUGUGCUUUUUCUGAAGUCAGCUGAUUGCCAAAUACGAGCCCGUUGGUGUCGUUGAUCAUAUUUAAGGAAUUCAGGUGCCUGGUACACACUGUAGAGACGGAAAAGACAGCAGGGACUGUCUCAAUCGGACACGGAGAGAGCGCCACGUCGCCAGCCUCUCCACACCCAGAAUCGUUCUGGAUAUUACUCCUUCACACAGAACCUCCGGACCCCGGUCCAGCCGCUCACGCUGCGCUCCGAGUCAGCGUGAGCGUUUACUGGCGUGGUGGUUCCUGGUUUGACGCCAGGCAGCUUCAAAAGGACGCGAGAAUGUACCGACAGUUCGGAUCGCUCAGUCAUCGUGUCCUGUCGGCCAAAAACGAUCACACAGCCAAACGUUUGCUCGACAACACGUGGCAGAACUUCUGAACCUCACCUUUCCUCACAAACUUGCCAAAUAUCUUGUAUCUUGUAUUCUUAGUUUAUUGCUGAAAUCAAAUGCAAAGCCCUCAUGCGGCUUGUUUGCAUUUCCUUCAUUAGUGUAGAAUAAUCUCUGGCAGAGAUGACCUUUAUACAGUAACGGAGGAUUAGAAAGUGUUUGGUUUUGGUUAAAACCUGCCAAAACCUCCACAUCUGGCAGCAAACUUGUUUUUGCAGGUCUUCAGACCUGCUCCCGUGCACGAUCCAGAUCUUCAGUGAAACUUCCAGCCUGGAUGUUGGAGGAGAUUUUGAAAAAGGCCAAACGAAGCAAAAACCAAGCCAGUCAUCAGUUUUCACCUGGGGGAGUCGGGUACCUGCAGCCCCACGUGGGCUGAGUGGAGACGUUUUGAUGGAUUACUGCAGUACUUUUCAUGCUAGUGUGUGAAAGUGUGUAGCUUUCCACAACUGAUGGUGUUUCCUUAAAGGAAACCAGGACACAGAAAGAAAAAAAAAGAGGAAAAACGCUCCGCUGAUCACACAUUCAUCUUCCACUUUCUAAUGAAGCCAGAAAUGUAAACCCGUCUGGGAACCAGAGGUCCAGAGGUUGGGGGUCCGUCUCGUUUCUCCGUCCUGAGGUCUGCACACUGAAGUGUUGUGGCAGCUUCACCGCUCCAAACACGAGAAGGAUCUCGACCAACCGCCCUGCUCCGACCUUGCUGCACUUUCCAUCCCCAGACGCGUGUACGUUGCGGGUCGCAGGACGGAUCACUUCCUCUCACAUCUCAGCUUUUGGCCAAAAUUCCACGUGACGCUGUUGUACAUUUGUAUUUUUGUUCAUGACAGUUUAAUAUUGACAUUUUUGUAAUGGUGCGUGGGUUCCACGCCCCACACAGACUGACCACAGUUGUAUCUCAAGAUUUUUGAAAUGUUUUCAAACAGAAAUGAAGAAAUGUACUGCACCUGAAACUUCCCUUCAGCACCUUUUCCCACUUACGGUCUAUAGAUGUUUCGCACUUUUAACGUCCGGGCACUAAACGUGAAUAUUAUUGAUGAAGGUACCGUGUUGCAGUACAGUACAGCGAGGAUUGUAAAACUGAGCCUGCCUGUUGUUGUUGGAGCAGCAGCUUCAUCUUCUCAUCUAUAAUGGUGAAGAUAAAACCCUUCAUCCCCGGCUACUGGAUGAAGACACAGAAGCUGAAAUGACUGACUUUACAAAGCUCUGUGUUCAGUUACUGAUUCGUGAUGUUUGAUGGAGCACAUGUUAGUUUGUUUUAACAUUUAUCUUCAUGCACACAUCCAACGUAGUGGAAAAGGAAACGAAACCCUUGUUCAGUUCUAAGGUUUUACAUAUUAAAGUAUGUACAGUCUCAAACGCAACAUGACAAAUGACAUCAAUAUUUUAUUACAUCUUAUCCUUAGUCAACCCAAAGAACUGCAGAACUGAGGUUUAGUUUGUAUGAAAUAAUAAACAAUGACGUAUUGUAACAUGUCAUGUUCUUGUUAAUCUCAGAUUGUGUUUCUCUUCUUUGCAAACUCAUGAGGAACGCAUGAGUUUAGCUUUCUUUCAGAAUGAAAUGUAAAACCUUAGAAUUGGACUUCUUCCAUAUGACUGUGUAGUCUAGCAAGCAAUCAGAUUCAUCAAUGUGAUUUGAUCAUAAAAUGGAUGUAGUUGUGGACAUUUAAGGAGAUUUUGAAGUAGAAAAAGUCAGUGAAAGGAAUCUUUAAUUGUAUGAUGAAGACAAGUUUCAGCUAAAUCGAUGAAUAUUUGAGUCUGAAUGUUUUCUCGCUGGUGUUUUUAAAUGUUCAACGCCAGCGACACAACAGAAUGUUUCGUGUUUGGGUUUAGGAGAUUGAUGCCCCUCAUAUUUGCUCCAUCUGUUGAGCUGAGUAAGUGAAGAAACUAAUAAUUUUCAGAGCAGCGUGUAAGUAAAUGGGUCCAUGUUUGCUGUUUGUCUCAAACAGUUCUGGGUUCAGUUUUCUAACCGGAUUCUGAUGUGGUUCAGACUUCAAAAUGCCAAACUGGAACAAAAACAGUUCAGACUUCUUGUGUAGAGAAAGAAAGACGAAUGUAUUAACUAAUCUACAAAUUAGGUUUUUCAUAUUUAGUACCCUUCUGCUCUUUGUAGCGAAACAAGAGAUUUAAUGCCUUAAGUGUCUUCUCAAAGUGACGUGCGUCAUCAUCAUCAUCAGAUUUUCAAUGUCUGAAUAAAGUUAAUUGAAACUGA